UAUAAUGCAGGGGGACCCCCUUUUUAAGCACAAACCGAAUUUCCCUUCAUUUAGCUCAUCUAUAUCUAUCUAUGUCAUUUUCUUUUUGUACUGAAUCGUUAAGCAGCCGGCAGGAUUUGGGGGGGACAGGCUUUCGCCCUGGAGCGGUGCGCGAUGCUGUCUCACGCCGACCUCCUGGACGCCCGGAUCGGAAUGAAGGACGCGGCUGAGCUGCUGGGGCACCGAGAGGCGGUCAAGUGCCGCCUGGGGGUCGGAGUUUCGGACUCGGUGCACCCGGGGGAUCUGGGCAGCAAUGCCGACCAAGUGGAAGGUGCCACCCUACUGCCCGGGGAGGACAUCACCACCGUGGGUUCCAAUCAGUCCUCACUGGCGGUCAGCUCCAAAGACCCAGACAAACAGCAGCAACAGCCAAACCAGACAGGCCAGCAGCAGGGCCAGCAGCAGAGCCAGCAGAAACAGAAGCGCCACCGGACCCGCUUCACCCCGGCACAACUCAACGAGCUGGAGAGGAGCUUCGCCAAAACCCACUACCCUGAUAUAUUCAUGAGGGAAGAGCUGGCCUUACGGAUCGGCCUCACGGAAUCCCGAGUCCAGGUCUGGUUCCAGAACAGACGCGCUAAGUGGAAGAAGCGCAAGAAGACCACCAAUGUGUUCCGCGCCCCCGGCACCCUCCUGCCCACCCCCGGAUUGCCCCAGUUCCCAUCAGCCGCGGCCGCGGCAGCAGCAGCGAUGGGCGACAGUCUUUGUUCCUUCCAUGCUAACGAUACCCGCUGGGCUACAGCCGGCAUGGGGGUGUCUCAGCUCCCACUCCCCCCCUCCCUGGGCAGGCAGCAGGCCAUGGCGCAGUCUCUGUCUCAGUGCAGCCUAGCAGCCGGCCCCCCUCCCAGCUCCAUGGGUUUGUCCAACAUGGGUUCCAAUGGCGCUGGGCUGCAGUCUCAUCUAUACCAGUCCGCCUUUCCCGGCAUGAUGCCCACCUCAUUGCAGGGUGGAAACAACGGGUCCCCCCAGCUGUGCAGCUCCCCGGACAGCAGUGAUGUUUGGAGGGGGACUAGCAUUGCCUCCCUGCGCCGCAAAGCACUUGAGCACACAGUCUCUAUGAGCUUUACUUAAUAUUUCACCCCCUUCUCCCAUCAUUCCCUUUCUCAUCCUCACCCCUCCAGGCCCCCGAGUCCCCUCUGUCCGGCUCGGUAAUUGGUGGGUAAUGGAAGCCUGUAAGGUUAAGGGGUGCUCUUCACACUAGGGGCUCUAGCCUGAGACCCUCAGUGUUGGGGGCAAAGUCCUGGUAGUUAGAAUGAAAGGCUGAAUUCCUGCGGCCUAUCCACUCUACCUUCCAUCACUCACCCCCGACUCCCCUCAGCUUCCCAACUCCAUCCAUCCCACCCAGGGGGCUUACAAAAGAAAUGCAUUUUCGAAGCACAAUUCUCACUUAUAUAGGUUGCCCCCCAAAUGGAUUUCUUUUGUGCCAAAUGCAAUGAAAUACGCUUCUGCCAUUGAGGACACCCAACCCCUUUUGAUAAACAUUUUAUUUAGGAACAAAAUACAAAUAUUAGGUGUUAUUUCUUUUUCUAGAGGCAAAAAGCACUUCCCCUUCUCUGCCGAUCGCUUGGCAGUUUGCCUUUGUAGUCCCCAAUGCAUUGCAGGCAGAAGCCUCUUGCCCUGCGGGCCCGGCAGGAGAGAGAAGCCCAGGACGUGUAUAUUUCCAAGGCAGGACUUUGUACAGAGACCCAAUCGGCUUUUCUGCAUGUGCUGGUCCAAUACAAGUACAGAGAUCAGAAGCUAUUUCUAAGAAUGAAGACAAUGUGAAAUAGGAUGUUCUGUGUAGAUAAAGCAUUCUUGUUAUAUACUGGUCAGUUUGUGAGUUGUUUUAACUUAUUGUCUGUGCUUAUUUAUUGAUUUUACGUUUUUCUUAAAUGUCCCAGCGAAGAUGAAAGCUAUGAUUUACAAUUUUCUUGACAAGUUUAUAACAAUUUAAUGUAAAUGGAUAAAUAAAAUCAUUUUCAGUAUGUGAU